AUGGCAAACUUAUGUAAUGAUCUAAAAGUCUGUGCAGAACACUUACAACAAGGAAACUUAGUAGCUUUUCCAACUGAGACCGUAUACGGUCUAGGCGCAAAUGCUUUAAACGAAGAAGCAGUAAGAAAAAUUUUCCAAGCUAAGAGACGACCUCUUAAUGACCCAGUAAUUGUCCAUGUCAAUUCAAUCCAAGAAGCUUUAAACCUAAUAGACGAAAAUGACCAAGAAAUUCUUAAUACUUACCAAUACCUCGCUUCUCAGUUUUGGCCAGGUCCUUUAACUAUAAUUUGCAAAGCAGGACCUCUGAUUUCUCCAGUCCUAACAGCAAACACAGGUUUUGUAGGAAUUCGAUCACCAAGACACCCUUUAGCCCAGCAAUUAAUCGCAACCGCUGGAGUCCCAAUCGCAGCACCUAGCGCUAAUUUAUUUUCCCAUGUUUCCCCUACAUCAGCUGGCCAUGUAAUGCAAGAUUUCCAUGACUCUGAUUUUGAUAUAAAAGUUCUUGAUGGAGGAAAAUGCACGUUUGGGAUAGAAUCAACAGUAGCCAAGCUUUAUAGAGAAGAAGACGAGCUAAAAUUGUUAGUAUUGAGGAAAGGAGGGGUUUCAGAAAGAAAUUUAAGCGAAGCUUUGGAGGGGAGAAAUGUAAGAGUAUCAUCAAGACAAAAUUAUUUGGAGCACCAGACUAAUUCUGAAGCUCCAGGACAGCUUAUUAAGCAUUAUUCUCCAAAUAUUGAUACUUAUUUGGUAGUCAAUAAUAGCCAAAAUGAAGGGCAGGAGCUGCAUAAUCUUUCAGAAGCUAUAGUUAUUGAUUACCAUGGACUACUUUCACAUAUAAAUUGUAAAGCCAGAAGAGAAUUAUCUGAAGAAGGGAAAAUUGAUGAAGCUAUCAAUAAUUUGUAUGAGUUAUUGAGAUGAAGCGAAGACCAAAAUGGCAGCUAUGUGUUAAUUCCAGAUUUAAGCCAUAUCACAGAUCAACAUACAGCUGCUUUAUUUGAUAGGAUUUUCAGAGCCACAUCUGGAAGAAAAGUCGUCAUAAGAGACCAAAAUAUUUAUUCUUUAUAA